AUGCACGUCUUUAGUCUGAGAAGAAGCACCUUACAACCGCGACUGUUCCAACAAGCAUGUCGCCUUGCUUCCAGCAACACUAGGCGCAUCAUCGCCAGGAACAAAGCUCUCGCCAGCGCCGGCAAAGGAAUCAUACGCCCUGUCAAGCUACGUCCUAUCGACGGUCAAACAAAGGAUGAAGAGGAGGAUGCGAUUCGCUGGUUCGAACAAGAUGUCGAGACAGGAGCCACUCGCCGCAUGGCAGGCAAUCCAGAAGAGAUGGAAGCAGAAGAGCUGAGACGGAAGAUUGCCGCGCUGGAGAAAGAGCUGAAGGAAUACCGCAAUGAAGACUCAGAUGAAGACAUGCUGGCCGCGCUUGAUCCAGAGGAUCGAGCAAAAGUGGAAAAGGCCUUGAAGGAGCGCGAUCAGCACGAGGCGAACCUCACAUCCGGCCUCACCGUCAGCUUGGACAUGCCUCCUUUGGCCGUGCCACUUCUCAAAAAGUUCAACCAGGCUCUUCGUGACGCGGCAAUCGCUCCCACCAUGAUCACACGUCGCAAGGACCUCUGGAGAUGGUACGGUCGCGCAAAGUACAACAUCCCUGCUCUGUCCAGCAUGAUCCCCAAGAAGGCCUGGCAAUUGCUCUGGGACUUGCAAUCCGCCGACUCUCCGACCAAUCUCGAACGUCUGGACCAUAUGGAGCAACUUCUUCGGGACAUGGCUGAGACACAAAUGGAAAUCAUGCCCGACCAACCUCUUGUUCUGAUCGAUACAUUGCUGGCCCUCCACAAGACCGAAGAGGCCAUCAGAUCCUGGCAGCAGGCUUAUGACUCUCCUGCUCCGCCUUCCGAGGGUCUCCUCAGACUUGGUGUGCGCCUCUUCUCAGAGAACGACCAGCUCGACAAGGCCCAGAAGAUAAUGAUGCAACUCUUCGAUCUCUUCCCCGAACACGACCCUCGUAUUAUCAUGCCCAUCCUCACAGCUGAUCUGCGAGCCGGAAAGGAUGAACUGGCUUUUGGUUGCUACGUUCUCAUGAGCCAAAAGCUCGGCGAGAAGAUGGAUAUGGAGGACUACGAUGUCGUCUCCCUCACCUUCCUUGAGUAUGGCAAGAAGGAUUUUGCACUGGCUGUAUUCCGUGAUAUGAUGUUACGCGGUCCUAACAAGCAAGUUUCAGAAGCCUUCCUUGGCGCUUCAGGACAGAAUGAAGCAUACGAGAAAGUCUAUGAGAGAAUGGAGUGGUUGGUUGAUUCGGCCAAAGAUGCAACAGAGGUAAACGCCCUCUCUCUGAAGACUUUGAGCGCUCUGCCGACAGAGUGGCAGAACAAGUUCUUCUUUGGUAGCUGGCUGAAGAAGUUGAUCGGCAUGCGUCAACUCGAGGCUGCCACAAAAGUCGUUGAGUUGAUGUAUGAGCGUGGCAUCGAGCCUGAUCCAAAGCACAUUAACGGACUGAUUGGUGGCUUCUUCCGUUCUGCGGUACCAAAUCUACAGGAACGAGGUGAACAGAUGGCUUGGAAGAUGAUCCAGCGACGACUGGAACAACAAUAUCUCCAACGCGCCGCGAAGCGUGGUGAGGAUGUAGAGCCUGCCGCUCCUUCGGUCUAUGAUACUGAGAAUGGUGUCACGAUACCUGCUCAUCUUGCCCGCCCAGUACCCAUGGCGACCAUCGAGACCUUCAAUGUCCUGGUCCUCCAUUACACAGUCAAGAGACAAUGGGCUCUGAUUCACCAUCUCGACAGAAUGAGACGUCCGGCGCACUACAAGAUGGACACCGCCUUCUUCAAUCACAUUCUUAACAUGUACGCCCAAACUUACCAUGAAGAAGAGAGACUAUGGCGACGCUUCCUUUCAGAGGCAAAACAUGUCGACUCUGACAUCGAGACCUACACCAUCCUCUGGACCGCCCAACUCGAACACCUCAAUCCCAAAAUCAACAAAGAUCGCAAAGGCUUCCCAACCCCCCGUCAACUCUUCGGCCUGAUGACAAGUUGGCUCUCCAGCCAAGACGGCAAAAGACAAGGCCUCCUCAUCCAAGAAUUCACCCCCGAAAUCUACGCCAAGAUUGUUUCUAGCUUCUGCUUGCAAAAAGAUUUCGCAGGGUGUUUGGUCGCUCUCCACGUAAUCGCUCGCACAUACAAUGAAUUUCCCGAUCCCGAUAUCGCGAGAAUCAUCAUCACCGCAGUGUCCAACAUGCCGGAAAAGGAACCUACUACUUUCCGUGGUCGCAGGGGUCGUCAACAGUUACCCGCCGACCAGUUGCGUCUUAAAAAUACGUCAAAGGUUAUGGCGGCAUUGGCGCAGAAGAGAGCGAAAGCUGCUGCGGACAGGGGUAUCGAUAUUGCAGAGAUGGAAAUAGAGACGCGUCAAGAGGAGAGUUUGAAUUUGGUGAGCGAGUUUAUCAGAUUGGUGUUGGUUAGGGUGCAUGGGGAUGUUGGGGUGGCGGAAGAGAGUAUUAGGACUGCUGCUAUUGCUUUGCAGUCGCCUGAGAUCAAGACUGGAGACAAGACGUGUUCGGAUAUCUAG